AAAUCACUGUUUUUUUGUCCUAAGAGAAAUCCAAGGUAAUGUGUCAAAACCCACAUCAAUUCCAAGUGGUCCAUCCAUCAAAGAAAAAGUCCCAACUCAUGGCUGUCAAAGUUAAAGGUUUGCCGUAUGUUGGCAAUUGUGAUGAGUCUCUGAUUAUCAUCAUACCUAACUGUUUCUUGCAUUCAGCUAAACCAAGGCUGCAAUUCUAGACUGAGCCAUGGCUGGGUAUGGUGCAAGAGUAGUGGUGCCCAUAGACUUGAAGAAAAAGCCAUGGGAACAGAAACAUCCCCUCCACAACCGGUGGCACCCCGACAUACCGGCUGUUGCAGAGGUUAAGGAGGGAGAGCUUUUCAGAGUCGAAAUGGUGGAUUUCAGUGGAGGUGGAAUUACAAAGGACUACUCUGCUGAUGAUGUCAAGCAUGCUGAUCCAUCUAUUGUGAGUUAUAGUUCAAUCUUCUGUCUUUCAGUUUCUAAUUCCAACUUCUACUGCUGGUGCUUAAAAGCAAAUACCUCCAUGAAAAAUAAUAGCUCCAAAUCGAAUGUCAGGCACAAAUUUACGCUGCUAGAACAUAGGACUUUUCCUAUAGACUGUAAAUUCUGAACAGUUUUCAAGCAAACAAUUUCACUGUUUCUGAUAAGCAAUUUUAUCUGCAAUUACUUGGUUGCCUUUU